UAAACAUCAGUUUAUCGAGGAGAGUGUGAAAGAAGAGCUACCCUUGCGUUGCUUUACGUUUGAGUUGAGCCAGCAUAUGUUAUGUUAAUACACGCUCAUAGCUAACCUGGCUGUGUAGACCACAAACUCAUACUCAGACAGUUUGCAGUGGAGUUUUAAAACCGGGACUCAGGCUGCACUGUUGAUAGAUUCAGAAAUAUGAUGGAGGAUUUCUCUGGUUUGGCUCUGCCUCCUCUGUUUGGAGGACAUAUCCUGGAGGCAGAGCUGGAGCCAGGCGGUGUGGAGCUGGGACCUGGAGAGGUGGAGCUGGGCCCAGGAGGCAGUGAGCUGCUUGAGAGCACAGUGCAAGAGGACGAAGAGAGAAGAGCUCUAGAUAAGAGGAAAUAUCUGGCUCUAAGUAGGAGGUGUAAGGAAAUUGAACAGGUCAAUCAGAAGAUGCUAGGCCGCCUUCACCAAGUACAAAGAAUUACACGACGCUUGAAGAAAGAAAGAAGGUUUCUCAUGAAGACUUUAGAUGCUCAUGGGGAUGAUUACAGAAAUGCCCAGCUCACUAUAAUGCUUGAGGAUGAGCCUGGAGCCCAUUUAGAUGCUGCUGCCGGAGUGGAGGAUGAGCGUCUCAAUGGCCUGUCUGGUUCCACGUCGUCUGCAGUGUUGCAUCAUGCUGCUGGACCAAAGAGGAGGAGGCAUCGAAUUCCAAGGCAAGAAAAGGAUAAAGACCCACAGACUGAACCAGACAUGUCAGUGUUGGCAGACACACAGUUUGGAGAAAUGCCCAGCCCAACCUCUCUGUCUCACUGAUCAUUGCACUGCCCUGGAUGCGAUGAUGACAAAGGAGCACCCAGUGUCUUUAAUUGUUCAGUAGAUACUGUAGGCUGCCUCUGUUAAGCCAGGUUUUGCACUGUUUCUAGUUUUACUUGAAUAUUGUCAACAGACUUUAGUUCAUGUAAGGUAAAAUUAAAUGUUAAUUACCUGGUACAUACAUACCUGUAUUUUGUACAUAUUAUUUUCUGUAUUCAUGGUUUGUAAUGAGAUUUGAUGACAUCACAUAAUUAUGACCAAUGGCAAAUUGUGCACACUGUCGUGGGCAGCUUUGUUUGGUAAAGAUCUGGCAACCCAGACACAAUUAAAUUAGGGCAGAAAAUGUAAUGGCUUCCAUAAUACAUUGUUUAUAUUAUUGAUGAUUUCAUGGUUCAUGAUUUUACCUCAGUAAGCAGAGAGAGUCAUUAUUAGUAUUAAAGUAUUACAAACUGCUA